UUCCCCAAAAUGACCAUCAUCUCUCUGCUCCUGCUGGUCUCUCUUCUGCCACAUCUGACCUUCACUGCUCGUGUGAAUGUGGGUAUAGUGAACGGCACAGAAGCAAAACCCCACUCCAGACCUUACAUGGUUUCUCUUCAGAAGUACUUUAAACAUUUGUGUGGUGGAUUCCUCAUUUCUGAUGAGUUUGUCUUGACUGCUGCACAUUGCAAUAAUAAGGGGCUAACAGCUGUGGUUGGUGCACAUGACUUAAAAAAUGAUAAAGGGUCCGUCCGCAUUGGAGUGAAUUCAUACCACAUUCAUCCAGACUUUAACAAUCAAACUUUUCUGAAUGACAUUAUGCUUUUGAGGUUAGAGAAAGAAGUCGAACAAAACAAGAUUGUCAAUAAGAUUUCCAUACCAACACAAGAGGGAGACAUCAAAGCUGAUUCUGUCUGCAGUGUUGCCGGCUGGGGAGAACUGAGAUUAAAUGGGGGAAAAAGCAAUCUUCUUAUGGAAGUCGAUGUAAAGAUCAUGAAUAACACACAAUGCAAAAAUAAAUGGAAGGACUUCUACUCAGCCUCACAGAUGAUAUGUGUCCACGGCCAUGGAGGAAGCUGUACCGGGGAUUCAGGAGGUCCUUUGGUUUGUGGAGACACUGCAGUCGGUGUCACUUCCUAUGGUGACCCAACAGCCUGCAACAGUCUUAAACAACCUGAAGUUUAUGCAAAGAUCCAUCUUCCAUGGAUCCACUCCAUAAUUGCAAAUUUUAAGUGAUUUUUGCAAUGAAAAGGAUGAAGUCUUUGUUUGAAUGUUUAAUAAACUAAUCAUGUGUGAAACAUCAAUAUGUGUAAGUAGUU